GUGUCGUGUGGCGUGCCCACUGCGCCGCUGAAUGGAGGUGUGCAGGCGGUUGAUUACUCCGUUGGCACACGUUUAACCUACUUCUGCAACAAUGGCUUCAGGCUGUCCUCCAAGGAUCUCACCACCACCGUCUGCCAGCCCGAUGGCACAUGGAGCAACCAUAACAAAACACCCCGCUGCACAGGUAGGAAGGGAGAGGAGAUGUCCCGCUGCUGGUACAGAACCAGCCUGUCUGUCUGCUUCCUUGUGAACACAGAUAAAAUAAAUGAGUCAAGGUGGCAACAGCAAGGAACUUGGAGUCCACAGAUGUGUGAAAGUAGAUGAAUGCAUGCCACUUUAAAGCAUCAAACAAUAGAACUGGGUCUGUAUGUCGGGGAUGUCAUGACGGGGAUGUCAUGUCGGGGAUGUCAUGACGGGGAUGUCAUGUCGGGGAUGUCAUGUCGGGGAUGUCAUGACGGGGAUGUCAUGUCGGGGAUGUCAUGUCGGGGAUGUCAUGUCGGGGAUGUCAUGUCGGGGAUGUCAUGACGGGGAUGUCAUGUCGGGGAUGUCAUGUCGGGGAUGUCAUGUCGGGGAUGUCAUGUCGGGAUGUCAUGACGGGGAUGUCAUGUCGGGGAUGUCAUGUCGGGGAUAUCAUGUCUUGGAUGUCAUGUCGGGGAUGUCAUGUCGGGGAUGUCAUGUCGGGGAUGUCAUGACGGGGAUGUCAUGUCGGGGAUGUCAUGACGGGGAUGUCAUGACGGGGAUGUCAUGUCUGGGACGUCAUGUCGGGGAUGUCAUGUCGGGGACGUCAUGUCGGGAUGUCAUGUCGGGAUGUCAUGUCAGGGAUGUCAUGUCGGGAUGUCAUGACGGGGAUGUCAUGUCGGGGAUGUCAUGUCGGGGAUGUCAUGACGGGGAUGUCAUGUCGGGGAUGUCAUGUCGGGGAUGUCAUGUCGGGAUGUCAUGUCGGGAUGUCAUGUCGGGAUGUCAUGACGGGGAUGUCAUGUCGGGGAUGUCAUGUCGGGGAUGUCAUGUCUUGGAUGUCAUGUCAGGGAUGUCAUGUCAGGAUGUCAUGACGGGGAUGUCAUGUCGGGGAUGUCAUGACGGGGAUGUCAUGUCGGGUUCAUUCUUGUUUUGUCAAGUAAAGAAAUAAAGAGCACCGAGGUGCUGACUAAUGGAAGUUAAACUAAAGUGGCGACUCCUCUCCAUCACAUUCUCGUCUCUCCUAGUUUCCGUAGUAUUUGACCAAAACUCCUGUUCUAUUGUUGUGUGUGUGGUCCCACAUUGCUCUAAUGAGAAAUGAUGAAACAAUAGAAUUGGUGGGUCCAUAUAUUUACACGAUCAUGUGUGUUCUUGUUUCUUUGCUGUAUUCUUUGUAUAUAUAUAUACGUUUUGGGGUCUUGUCUGGGUCACUGUUAAAGCACUUUGUGACAACUGCUGUUGUAAAAAGGACAUUCUAAGGAAAUAUGAUGAAUUGAUGUGAUUGAAUGAAUAUGUAUCAUGUCCCACAGAGGUGGUGUACCCCAGUCUGGGUGGAGGUGGUGUACCCCAGUCUGGGUGGAGGUGGUGUACCCCAGUCUGGGUGGAGGUACCCCAGUCUGGGUGGAGGUGGUGUACCCCAGUCUGGGUGGAGGUGGUGUACCCCAGUCUGGGUGGAGGUGGUGUACCCCAGUCUGGGUGGUGGUGGUGUACCCCAGUCUGGGUGGAGGUGGUGUUCCCCAGUCUGGGUGGAGGUGGUGUACCCCAGUCUGGGUGGAGGUGGUGUACCCCAGUCUGGGUGGAGGUGGUGUACCCCAGUCUGGGUGGAGGUGGUGUACCCCAGUCUGGGUGGAGGUGGUGUACCCCAGUCUGGGUGGAGGUGGUGUACCCCAGUCUGGGUGGAGGUGGUGUACCCCAGUCUGGGUGGAGGUGGUGUACCACAGUCUGGGUGGAGGUGGUGUACCCCAGUCUGGGUGGAGGUGGUGUGCCCCAGUCUGGGUGGAGGUGGUGUGCCCCAGUCUGGGUGGAGGUGGUGUGCCCCAGUCUGGGUGGAGGUGGUGUACCCCAGUCUGGGUGGAGGUGGUGUACCCCAGUCUGGGUGGAGGUGGUGUACCCAAGUCUGGGUGGAGGUGGUGUACCCCAGUCUGGGUGGAGGUGGUGUACCCCAGUCUGGGUGGAGGUGGUGUGCCCCAGUCUGGGUGGAGGUGGUGUACCCCAGUCUGGGUGGAGGUGGUGUUCCCCAGUCUGGGUGGAGGUGGUGUACCCCAGUCUGGGUGGAGGUGGUGUACCCCAGUCUGGGUGGAGGUGGUGUACCCCAGUCUGGGUGGAGGUGGUGUACCCCAGUCUGGGUGGAGGUGGUGUGCCCCAGUCUGGGUGGAGGUGGUGUGCCCCAGUCUGGGUGGAGGUGGUGUGCCCCAGUCUGGGUGGAGGUGGUGUACCCCAGUCUGGGUGGAGGUGGUGUACCCCAGUCUGGGUGGAGGUGGUGUACCCCAGUCUGGGUGGAGGUGGUGUACCCCAGUCUGGGUGGAGGUGGUGUGCCCCAGUCUGGGUGGAGGUGGUGUGCCCCAGUCUGGGUGGAGGUGGUGUACCCCAGUCUGGGUGGAGGUGGUGUACCCCAGUCUGGGUGGAGGUGGUGUACCCCAGUCUGGGUGGAGGUGGUGUACCCCAGUCUGGGUGGAGGUGGUGUACCCCAGUCUGGGAUCUUUCUCCAGGGACCAUGGGUUUACUACUCUUCAGUGGUGGUAUAUCCUGAGUGGCACAGUGGUCUAAGGCACUGCAUCGCAGUGCUAACUGUGCCGCUAGAGAUCCUGGUUCGAAUCCAGGCUCUGUCGCAGCCGGCCGCGACCGGGAGACUCGUGGGCGGCGCACAAUUGGCCCAGGGUAGGGGAGGGAAUGGCCGGCAGGGAUGUAGCUCAGUUGAUAGAGCAUGGCGUUUGCAACGCCAGGGUUGUGGGUUCGAUUCCCACGGGGGGCCAGUAUAAAAAAAUAUAUAUAUAUAUAUAUGUAUUCACUAACUGUAAGUCGCUCUGGAUAAGAGUGUCUGCUAAAAUGAAAAUGUAUAUGAAGGGUUACAUUUCCCUAGCCCCAUCCCUCAGCUAUACACCAAUAAUAAUAAGUGGUGGGGCUGCCAUUUCUUUUUUUUUUUUUUAUCCCAGACUGUAGCUUUAAUUUUGUUGGUUUCUUCUUGUGUUUGUGGUCUCACAGUGGUGGUAUAUGAAGGGUUACAUUUCCCUAGCCCCAUCCCUCAGCUAUACACCAAUAAUAAUAAGUGGUGGGGCUGCCGUUUCUUGUUUUUUUUCAAAUCCCAGACUGUAGCUUUAAUUUUGUUGGUUUCUUCUUGUGUUUGUGGUCUCACAGUGGUGGUAUGCCCCAGUCUGGGCUCCUUCUCUCUGGACCACGGGAAGUGGACGAUCGUCAACGGGUCCAGUUAUGAGUUCAGAACCAAGAUCAUCUUCAGCUGUAACCCGGGUUACUACCGGCUCGGCCCCGCUCACAUCCAGUGCAUGGCCAAUGGGGCGUGGAGCUGGCGGAACGAAACGACCUCGAUGCACAGAAGUGGGUUGGUGACAUUUUUAGAACUUCUCCAUUCUUGAUGAAGUCUUUGUUGUAUAGAUCUUUCUAUGUUGUCAUGGGAACUAUUGUAGGAACCCGCCUUACAUUAGAUUCAGAUGUUUUGCCUUUUACAAUAGGUGUGUGUGGGGGGUGGGGGUGAGAGUAUUGAAUAAGUAUUGAGCCAUUCAGUAAUGUUCUCCCCUGUCUGUCUCUCUCUCUGCUCUCCCCCGUCUCUCUCUCUCUCUCUCUGCUCUCCCCUGUCUCUCUCUCUCUCUUCUCUCUUGCUCUCCCUGUUCUCUCUCUCUCUCUCUCUCUCUCUCUCUCUCUCUCUCUCUCUCUUCUCUCUCUCUCUCUCUCUCUCUCUCUCUCUCUCUCUCUCUCUCUGCUCUCCCCCGUCUGUCUCUCUCUCUCUGCUCUCCCCCGUCUGUCUCUUUCUCUCUGCUCUCCCCCAUCUGUCUCUCUCUCUCUGCUCUCCCCCGUCUGUCUCUCUCUCUCUGUCUACCCCGUUAUUUCUCUCUCUAUGCUCUACCCCGUAUGUCUCUCUCUCUCUUCUCUCUCUCGUCUGUCUACUCUCUCUCUCUUCUGCUUCUCCCCCCUCUCUCUCUCUUCUGCUAUCAAGCUCUCGUCUCUCUCUCUCUCUCUCUCCCAUUGUCUCUCUCUCUAUAUGCUCUCACCAAGUCUGUCCUCUUCUCUGCACUAUCCCUGUUCUCUUCUGCUUCCCCCUCUCCUCUCUCUAGAAUGCUCUCUUCUCUCUAUAUCUCUCUUAUCUAUCUUCUCUCCUCUCUCUGCUCUCCCCUCUCCUCCUCUCUCCUCUCCUCCGUCUCUCUCCUACUUCUCUCUCAGUUUCUUAUAUCUCUCGUAUCUCUCUCUCCUCUCUUCUCUCUCUUCUCUCUUCUCUCUCUCUUCUCUCUCUCUCUCUCUCUUCUCUCUCUGUCUCUCUGGUCUCCCCUUCUGUCCGUCUCUUUUAUUAUUGCAGUCCAUUUCCUGUGGAUGAGCUGCCCACUCCUCCAAAUGGGAGAAAGAUUGGAACUCAGACUACCUUUGGAGGCUCGGCCAUCUUCAGCUGCAUCCCUGGAUACAUCCUGGUGGGAUCCACCGUGAGGGAGUGCAUGCUGUCAGGACUUUGGAGCGGCAUAGAGGCUCAAUGCCUG